UUUAAGAGGCACUAGCCAGCUCUGGUUGCCAUGGAGACAGCUGGACACAGACCCGGUAGAGGCCCACAGCAUGUCCUCCAAAGUUUACUCCACAGGCUCCAGAGCCAAGGACCACCAGCCCUCGGGUGUGGAGUGUCUGCCACUCCCAGAGGCCAACGCUGAAGCCAUCGACUUCCUCAGCUCCCUCCAUGAGGAGGAGCUACAGAUGCUGUUCUUCUCUGAGACGCUGGCCAUGGUCUCAGACACCGGAGAGCCUCAGGGAGAGCUGACCAUUGAGGUGCAGAGAGGGAAAUACCAGGAAAAACUCGGCGUGCUGACAUCCUGCCUUUUCGUGCAUGCCUUCAGCAGAGGCUUCUUGGAUAAAAUGCUCUGCGGAAAUUCCCUCCUGGGCUAUCUCUCAGAGAAGCUGGAGCUCAUGGAACAGCACAGCCAAGACUUCAUCAAGUUCCUCAUCCUCCCCAUGGAACGGAAGACGAGUUUGCUGAAGCAAGAUGAUCAGCUGGCUGUGACCAGAAGCAUCAAGGAGGGUGAGCAAGACCUGGGCUUCCAGACCAUCCAGGUAGACCAUCAGCAAGCCGAAGUCUUCAUCGUGGAGCAGACUGUCCACUCAGAGGAGGGCAUCCCCAUGUCCUGCCAGUACUACCUGCUCUCCGAUGGGCACCUGGCCAAAAGAAUACAGGUGGGCUCCCCAGGAUGCUGCAUCAUCACCAAGAUGCCCAUCUUGAGGGAAGUGGAUGAGAUUGAGCCACGCCCAGUGUUUGAGAAGAAGCCCCCGGUGUGGGAGGAGGAUAUGGAGCUCUAUUCUAAGUUCCUGGACCGUAAGGAGGAGCUCCGGCUCGGCCACGCCAGCUAUCUGCGGCAGCACCCCGAAGCCCACGCGCUCAUCUCCGACUUCCUGCUCUUCCUGCUGCUGCGCCAGCCGGAGGACGUGGUCACCUUCGCCGCCGAGUUCUUCGGCCCCUUCGACCCGCGACGUCCGUCGUCACCGGCCUUGGGCUCCUCCCACCGGCCCAACCCUUUCCGCUCCCUGGAGCCGGAGGGAGACGCCCGCUCGGGGGCGGGCUAGGCUGGGCCCAAGCCGGGACAGGGCAGGAAACCAGGAGUCGGGCUGGGACGCGGGCGGGACGCGCCGGGGCGGGGGCGCUUUCCGGGCUGUGGUUUUGGGGGAAUAAACGGGGCCCUCCCGCGGCUCUGCAGCGCCAGCCGACAGCUUCCCUGGCUAGCGUCUCAUGUCUCGGGCUACAAAUAGGAACCAUUACCGUUGUACCUCGAGCGGAUUUCAGCCUUUCCUCCUAGAUGCUGUUUUCUUCGUUAUCUCCAUUCUGCAGAUAAGAACACAGAGGCACACGAAAGUUUAACUUUUGGAGUUGGCAGGUGGGGAGGCAGAAUUUGAACCUGAACGUUGGACUUGAAAGUCCACACUCGGCCAGGCGCGGUGGCUUAAACAUGUAUUCCCAGCACUUUGCGAGGCCGAGGCGGGCAGAUCACCAGGUCGGGGUAU